AUGUGCGUCGCAAAACCACACUCAUCGGACCAUGCCAAGGACAAAUCGGACGUCGUCAUCCAGCUGUUCGCCCAACUCCUGCUGUUCAUGUAUAUACGUAGGAGAAAAAUUGGGCUACUCGGGCACCUUGUACGCCCUUCUUCGCCCAGCUUUUGCGACCUUGCGGCCCUGCACCUCGACCCCAACGUUGCCCGCUUCCACCUGGGACACCAGCCCGACUCGACCGCCUUGGAGCGAGUCUAUUACACCGGCCGCUCUGACGUGAACUUGAAGUUUGAUCCUCGCGACCGACGGCUACCCCGACAAGAUGACAAUGUCUUGACGCGAGGCAGUCCCAAAUUCUCGAUCUCCUCAAACUUCCCUUCGUUCUCCUCAAGCUCGUCCGAGCGAUCAUCCACGUCUAUCGUCUAG